CGAUAAACCCUAACGCUGUGAAGCCGCAGGUUUUUGCAUUUCUGAAGUUCGAUAGGCGAGGAGGAGGAGGAUUGUUCUUCACAAAGGGAUUCAAUUCUCCUUCAUUCAACCUCGCAAAUUGAAGAAUGUCGAUUUUGUCAAGCCAAUGCAGUUCACGAAAUUUCGGUUGUAGAUGCGACGGCGAGUUCCGCCAAAACCCUCACCUCCGACAACCGCCGCUUGUCAUCUUCAGCAACCGUCGUCAAUUCGUCGAUAUCUCUUCCCGGUGUCGGUUAUUCACCGCCGUUGAUCGGAAAACGCCGAUCUGCUGCAAAAAAGGUGCGGAUUUUGUUACAUUUGAUGAAUCGAGUCUCUCCUGUGGUGAAAAUGCUGCCGAGGGAUUGACUUGCGUGAUGAAGUUCGGCGGAUCGUCGGUGGCGUCGGCGGAGAGAAUGAUAGAGGUUGCUCAUCUCAUCCUCAGCUUCCCGGAGGAAAGGCCAGUUAUUGUUCUGUCCGCCAUGGGAAAGACUACGAAUAAGCUCCUCCGUGCAGGAGAGAAAGCUCUGAGCUGUGGAUACUGUAACGUUAUGGAGAUUGAGGAGCUGGCCUUUAUAAAGGAACAUCAUCUUAGGACAGUAAAGGAGCUCGGAUUGGAUGCCUCUGUGAUAUCUGAGCAGUUGGAAGAGCUGGAGUUGCUUUUGAACGGAAUUGCUAGAUUGAAGGAGUUGACUCUUCGAACUCAAGAUAAACUCGUGUCAUUUGGAGAGUGCAUGUCUACAAGAAUCUUUGCUGCCUAUCUAAACAAAAUUGGCGUCAAAGCACGGCAAUAUGAUGCAUUUCGCAUUGGAUUUGUCACUACGGAUGAUUUCACAAACGCAGAAAUUCUCGAUGAAACAUACCAUGCUGUUGCCAGUAAAUUAGACGUCGACUGGACUAAGGAUCGUUCAAUUCCUGUAGUUACUGGCUUCCUCGGAAAGGGAUGCAAGUCGGGUGAAAUCACCACUUUGGGCAGAGGUGGUAGUGAUCUGACAGCUACCACCAUCGGCAGAGCUUUGGGUUUACGAGAGAUUCAGGUCUGGAAAGACGUUGAUGGUGUGCUCACAUGUGAUCCCACUAUUCAUCCCAACGCAAAACCCGUGCCUUGUUUGACGUUCGAAGAGGCCACAGAGCUUGCAUAUUUUGGAGCUCAGGUAUUGCACCCGCAGUCCAUGCGACCAGCCAUGGAUGCUAAUAUUCCAGUCAGGGUUAAGAACUCGUACAAUCCUAAAGCUUCUGGCACUCUCAUUACGGGAAAUCGAGACAUGUCCAAGGUUUUGCUUACCAGUAUAGUCUUGAAACAAAAUGUCACUAUGCUGGAUAUCGUUAGUACCCGAAUGUUGGGUCAGUUCGGAUUCCUCGCAAAGGUAUUCUCUAUAUUCGAAGAUCUGGGAAUCUCUGUAGACGUUGUGGCGACUAGCGAAGUCAGCAUCUCUCUUACCCUCGACCCGUCUAAAAUUUGGAGCAGGGAACUCAUCCAGCAGGAACUGGACCGUGUGACUGAAAAGCUCGGGAAAAUCGCAGUGGUGAAACUCUUGCCACGCCGGUCUAUCAUCUCCCUCAUCGGAAAUGUCCAUCAGUCAUCGUUGAUACUAGAAAAGGCCUUCAAUGUUUUCGGGAGAAUGAACGUGAAUGUCCAGAUGAUCUCCCAAGGCGCAUCGAAGGUUAACAUGUCGCUUAUUGUAAACGAUAGCGAAGCAGAGCAAUGCGUGAAGGCCCUUCAUCGAUCGUUCUUCGAGAGCACCGAAAUCGAAAUGGGGUUGGGGAGUGAUGGUGCAUUCAACAAUGGCUCCAUGGAAGCUGUUACGAGCUAAGAACUGCUUCUAGUUUUCAGCACAUGAUUCAGGUGAGGACAAUUAUCCCCAAUCUUGUUAUGAUCGGUGAUAUUAUUUAUCAUUUUAUUAUGAGGAUAUUUUGAAUUUUAUUUCAAUUUUGGUCACCUGGAAAAAUAAUGAUAUUUGUCAUUGUAGCAUUUGUGUGGAUCUAUGCAUUGUUGCUGUAGCUUUGUGAUUCACUGCAAUAUUGCCUGUCAUUUUUAUUUUUAUUUUAAUAAUGUGGGAUCACAGCUGCUAUCCUGGUGCAUUUUGGAUAAACUUCUGAAAACUAAUAUCCUAAUUUUUAGGUUCCACAA